AUGUCCACGGAUCCAUAUCACGUAGUGCAGCAGGAAAUACAGGCCUCCCUGCAGACAGCGUCGACUUUGCGUGCUUCAUUCCUUCGCAUUCGUAGCACUGCGCAUGAGGAUAGCGAAGAGCUUACUUGGGCCAGAAAUGAGCUUAAGGCAACCCUCGCGGCACUGGAGGCCGACUUAGAAGAUUUAGAAGAGAGUGUAAAAAUUGUCGAGUCGACGGGCCCGCGGAUGUUCGGCCUGGAAGAGGUAGAGGUGAUGGAGAGGAGGCGGUACGUCGGCCAUGUGCGGCAGGAAAUCGAGACCAUGAGAGCGGAAGUAGAGUCUGAUUCUGUGGACAGAUGGCCGAGACCACGGUCGCAGGUGGGAAUCCAUCCAUCUCUUUCUCGAGGAAGUAGUCGUGCCGCUUCUCCUAUGCCAGAAGAUGAUCAGGCGGAAUGGGCGAGGCAAGAACAGGAGAUGAUGAUUCGUCAGCAGGAUCGAACCAUCGAUACUAUCGCAGGGACACUGAGUACCAUUGCGGAGCAGGCGGGUCUCAUGGGUCGUGAAAUUGGGGAGCAUAAUGAGAUGCUCGACGACCUUGAACAAGGCGUUGAUAAAUCAGACGCCAAGCUCGGCGAUGCGAUGCAGCGGAUGAAGCGAUUCAUUCGCCAAACGGAAGGCAAGUUCCUUUUGAGUUGCUCUGUGUCGUUCCUCUGA